CAAAACUAUUUAGCAUCUGAAACUGGGAUAAAGUUUCCAAAAAAGUUUUAGGGAAAAAACUUCCUGCGCGAGGCGAAGACGCGUGCCAAGCCCCGGUCAGAAGAGCCAGUGUCUCCUGAAGCGACGGUCGGACGAGGGCGCGCGGCGGGGGGAGCACCUUGAAGAGAUCUCCACUCGUCUUUUUACGGAUCUAUACCUUUUCUGUAACCACGGCUUCGACGGUGGACAGCGUUUUUUCCUCUCUCUCCCUGCAUUUCUUCAAGAGAGAAAUGGAAGAGGGCUCCAGCUCCCCGGCGUCCCCCGCGGAUAGUCUGGCGACCAGCGAGGAGGAGCUGGACCGGCAGCAGAAGCGCUUCGCGAGGAAGAGGGGCCACAGCAAGAAGUCCAGCGAGGACAGCAGCAGCGGCGGCGGCAGCAGCAGCAGCCCGGGCCCGGUGAAGCAGCGCGGGAAGAAGCCGAGCCCGAGCAGCACGCAGUCGUACGAGGAGCUGCAGAACCAGCGGGUGCUGGCCAACGUGCGGGAGCGCCAGCGGACCCAGUCGCUGAACGAGGCCUUCUCGUCGCUGCGCAAGAUCAUCCCCACGCUGCCCUCGGACAAGCUGAGCAAGAUCCAGACGCUGAAGCUCGCCUCCCGGUACAUCGACUUCCUCUGCCAGGUGCUGCAGAGCGACGAGAUGGACAGCAAGAUGUCCAGCUGCAGCUACGUCGCGCACGAGAGACUCAGUUACGCGUUCUCCGUGUGGAGGAUGGAGGGCGCCUGGUCCAUGUCGGCGACCCACUAGCGGCCGGAGACCUUCACUUAUACUGACUAUGCCAAAAGCGACUGUUCACUUCUACAAAGUAUGAAGACCCACGGGUGUUAUUGAAGAAACCCACCGACCUCAGAGGAGGAGACACCCACACACGACCAGGUCCCGGGGCGCGUGCGUGCGUGCGUGCGUGCGUGGAGGGCGGACUCCAUCCCGGCCGUGCGUGACCGCGUGGAGCUGUUGGUGAGGAGGAGGAGGAGGAGGAGGAUGAAGAGCCCUGCGGUGUGUAGCCUACAGGCCAGAGGUGUUGUAGCUGGGAUCCAGGGCCUUUUUUUCUUCUUCUUUUAUAGGGAGAUAUAUUUUGUUUUUCAAAGACUUUAAAACCAAAGUAUAAAUAAAUAAAUAUAUAUAUAUAAAUAUAUAUAUAUAAAUAAACGAAUGCAUAUUGUACAUACGUGUGUAAGUACGCCUGUAGUGUAUAAAGGGACCAAUGCAAUCUCAAGAGUCAUUCCUCCUGCAUGGAUUUAUUUCACCGACGUUCUUUUUUAGCAAGUCUCCAAAAUCAAGAAAAAAAAAUCAUAAAAAACUCCGUCCAAUGUACAUUUCCUUUUUUGUUUUUGCUUAUUUAUUAAAAAAACACAUAUUUUUGA